CAGUGCCGUAGACGCCAGUGCGCAGGCCUAUUUAUCUCGUAUCUUUAGUAGCAAGGAGUGUUUUACUCAUUAGAAGAAGCGGAGUUGCUUGUGGACGCAUCCGAGGAUAACGCCGGUUUGUAUAUCUAAAUUGUCGAAAGAAAAUGGAUUCCUUACCGCAGGAAGUGAUUGAACACAUCAUAUCAUUUCUGCCGUACCAUGAUGUUAGUCGAUGCAGAUUAGUAUGCAAAAGAUUCAAUGAUGCAUCUGAAAGCAUUCUGAAUUCUGGCUUUGAUAAAAUUCUUAGUUACUGUAAUCAGUCUCUACAGGAACUUGAAGCUAAUGUCAAAAAGGAAGAUGAAAGAGUAGAUCUUUGGAAAGAACUUUGUGAAAUUGUAAAUGAGGCUCGCACAUUUUUGUCUAUGAUUGACAUGUAUUUUAGGAAAUAUGUGUGGUUCAAGCUAUGCUGCUUUAUACCAGGAAAAAUCAUAGAUAAAUUUUAUGCGCUAAUGUGGAUUGUCAUGAUUGCAAACGAUGCUGUUGGUGGUCGUGAAUGUCUAGAAGAAGGGAGAGCUUUGGUGUACGGAUGCAUAAGAUAUUGCUGCAAACAUGUAUUCCCACCUUUUAUACCGAAAAUAAAUGAAGCACCAAAAAAAGUGAUCACGGUGAAAAUGCCUAAUGGUAAUUUUUUUUUAAUAUAAAUUAAUUUUUAUUUC